GGGGGCAGGGUUUGUGUGUGACGCACUUCAUUCAUUUAUUUAUUUAUUUAUUUAUUGUUCUGUUCAGCUGCUUCUGCUGUUUGGAGUAAAAGAAAAAGUGAAAGGAGAUCUCUACCAGAGGAGAAAACUAAAGUCAUCCUCCUUCAUUUAUAUUCAGCUUGGAUCUCUCUUCCUCUCUCCUCCUCUUCCUCCCUCCUCCUCCUUCCUCACCCUUCCUCUCUCUCAGAUUAUCUCCAUCGUUCUGCCGCUGACAUGUCGACUCCAGACGCUGGUGCUCCCGGGGCCAACGAGGGCGAAGGGGGGCCCCCGGCUCCGGCCCCGAACCUGACCAGCAACAGGCGGCUCCAGCAAACCCAGGCCCAGGUGGACGAGGUGGUGGACAUCAUGCGCGUGAACGUGGACAAAGUCCUGGAGAGAGACCAGAAGCUGUCGGAGUUGGACGACCGAGCCGACGCGCUUCAGGCGGGAGCCUCACAGUUCGAGAGCAGCGCCGCCAAACUCAAGAACAAGUACUGGUGGAAAAACUGCAAGAUGAUGAUCAUGAUGGCGAUUAUCGGCAUCAUAUUCGUCGGCGUCAUCGUCCUUUAUUUCUUCUACUGAGCCGAGCUUCACUCCAGGACCAGUCUGCACCAACAAACGCCUCCUCCUGCUCCUCCUCAGCGACGCCUCCUCAGAAACCUCCUGUUUUACUUUAUCUUUUCCCCGGAAACAUCCGUGCACCAGGCAGGUUUCUAGAGUUUCUAGAGUUUCCAGAGUUUCCAGAGUUUCUCUUCGUGGGUUAACAAACAUUUCUGAUGAUAACAAACACGUUAUUAGUUUAUUAAAUGAACUAAAAUGAGUUAAAGGGACCAGAACUGGACGACUGUUCCUCUAAUAAAUCAGUUUGAUAAUCCAGGAGAUCAUCACGGGAACAAUAAUCAUAUUAUUAUAAAACAAUAAUAAUAAUCAGUUCCCAGCUGAGACGAUUUUCAUCGACUUUCACAAAUAAAAUUGUAGAUGAGGCUUCCAGGCUACAAACGACACACAACUUCUGUCUUGACUCCAUGAGGACGUCCAACUGCAAACACAACAAACAACAAAACACAACAAAAAGGAGAAAGUUACAAAAAAAAGCUGCAGUUCCUCUUACGUCCACUAGAGGCUGACUCCGAAAGUGAGUCAGUCUCCAUUGACGUCCAUGUUAAAAAAAAUAACCAUGUUUACACUUUUAGAGUUAAUUUCUCCACCUUUACAAACCUGUUAUUUCAGAUGAAUUAUAAUUAUUUUGUGUUAUUUAAUCGACACGCUCAGAUUUUAAUUCGUAGUCUCAUCAUUUUAGAUUUGUGUCAAUUUAAUAAACGGCAAAAUAUUUGGGUUUAAAAUCAGAAUAUUCCAAAUAAAUAAAUCCAUAAUAAAUGGAAGUAAAGGGUUAAACAGAGUUUGUGUGUCUGUAUCAUCUCAAGCUAAAUGAUAUUAACGAGGUUUUAAUCUGACACAUUUUUGUGUUUAUUUUCAUCAUGUUUUGACCCGUUUGUGUUUUUAUUUUUUAUUCCUCUGUAUGUGAAUGAAUCUCUAACGAGUGGAAACUCUUGUAGAUAUUAUAAUUAAUUAACGGGGAAAAUAAAAUUACCACGUUUAUGUGCGUUUCACGAGCGUUUUGAGGAAACCGGGGUCAGAGAUCGUGGAUGUUUGUUUGACGUUGUCAAAUAAAUUCAGUGUUUGCGGCA